ACACAUUUUGUUUUUGACAAUCGUUCGUGCUGUUUGAUUGUAACUUUGUUUAUCUCGUGUUCGUACACUUUGUAUUCACACAGCCCGAUUAAUCAUGCGUGAAAUCUGUCACUUGCAAGCCGGCCAAUGCGGCAAUCAAAUCGGAGCCAAGUUCUGGGAAGUGAUAUCCGACGAACACGGCAUCGACCCGACCGGAUCGUAUCACGGAGAUUCCGACCUGCAAUUGGAACGCAUUAACGUUUACUACACCGAAGCUUUGGGCGGCAAGUAUGUGCCCCGCGCCAUUCUCGUCGACCUGGAACCCGGAACCAUGGACUCCGUGAGAUCGGGCCCGUUCGGACAGAUAUUCCGGCCGGACAACUUCGUGUUUGGCCAGUCGGGCGCGGGCAACAACUGGGCCAAGGGACAUUACACGGAAGGCGCCGAGCUCGUCGAUUCCGUGUUAGACGUUGUUAGGAAAGAAGCGGAGAGCUGCGAUUGUCUGCAAGGAUUCCAGCUGACGCAUUCGUUGGGUGGCGGCACCGGGUCGGGAAUGGGCACGCUGCUGAUAUCGAAAAUCCGCGAGGAGUACCCGGACCGCAUAAUGACCACGUACAGUAUCGUCCCGUCGCCGAAGGUGUCGGACACCGUGGUGGAACCGUACAAUUCGACGCUGUCCGUGCACCAGCUGGUGGAGAACACGGACGAGACGUUCUGCAUAGAUAACGAGGCGCUGUACGACAUCUGCUUCAGAACGCUCAAGCUCACCACGCCCACUUACGGCGACCUCAACCACUUGGUGUCGGCGGCCAUGUGCGGCGUGACUACUUGCUUCCGGUUCCCGGGGCAACUCAACUCCGAUCUGCGCAAGUUGGCCGUCAACAUGGUGCCGUUCCCGCGGCUCCACUUCUUCAUCACCGGGUUCGCGCCGCUCACGUCCCGCGGCAGCCAGCAGUACCGGGCGCUGACCGUGCCGGAGCUGGUGCAGCAGAUGUUUGACGCCAAAAACAUGAUGGCGGCGUGCGACCCGCGGCAUGGCCGGUACCUGACCGCCGCCAGCAUAUUCCGCGGCCGCAUGUCCAUGAAGGAGGUAGACGAGCAGAUGUUAAACGUGCAGACCAAGAACUCCAGCUACUUCGUUGAGUGGAUACCGAACAACACCAAAACGGCCGUGUGCGACAUACCGCCCAGAGGUCUCAAGAUGUCGGCCACGUUCAUCGGUAACACCACGGCCAUCCAAGAGAUGUUCAAGCGUGUGUCCGAGCAGUUCACGUCCAUGUUCCGCCGGAAGGCGUUCUUGCAUUGGUACACCGGCGAGGGCAUGGACGAGAUGGAGUUCACCGAGGCCGAGUCCAACAUGAACGACCUGGUGUCCGAGUACCAGCAGUACCAAGACGCCACCGUGGAGGGAGACGACGAGAUGGACGAGGACGAGGACGCCGAAGCAUAGACACCGCAGAU